CCUAGCUUAGCAUUGCUUAUCGGUACCCUUGAACGUAUCGUAUUGCGUGGCAUGUUCACCGUGUUUUACCGCAUCGAAUUGCUCUACGCCAACGAAUAACACGCACCACUACAAUUCCAUCGUUUCCUUGUUACGAUGUGCACCUGUGAUCAACUUUCAAUACCGCAGCUUCUUCUCCACAUGAAUGCUGCUAGCAAUAUUGCCGCUUACCAUGGCAGCAUGCACAGGUAAAUUUGCCGUGGUACGUACGGCACGGUCCUACCCAUGCUUGCGUAUUUAUUUCUUCCUCCGUUCCACCUUUGCCGCAUUUAAGCGUUGCAUUGCUCAAUUAUCGUACCAUUUCACGGUACCAUCACGUAUUGUUCGUGCAUUCUCGGUUACGAGCAUCUUUGCGUUUGUUCGUUGCUCGUUUUUUCAUCAAUGACCAUUCUAUUCGUUCGUUAGUGCGCAUUUAUUUGGUGCUUCACCCGUUUUACUUGUUCACUUCGCAUGCUGCUGUUUAUCAGUGCUACGCUUUAUUGCACCGCCACAAGAGCACCAUUCAUUCGUAGCUGCACCUCCUUAAGUGCUACGCCCCUUGCUGCCAUGCACCGCCACAAGAGCAUCUCCACAUUUUUUUCAUACCCCUCCACGAUGCGUAUAAAAGUGAAGCUCACUUCCAACAAGCUGCACCUCAACGCACACACUCUGCCAUUCCCCACGGCACAAAAACUCAUAGACACCUUCAACGCACACAAACUACACCCAUUCGUAAAGGACAUGGUCUCUGUUGUGCACCUCACAUACGCCCACAAGCACGUAACGAUCCGGCGAGAAGAUGUCAAAAAGGAGGACAUGGAGGUGAAUCUGGCGCUGGACGCCAAGAUACGGAGAAAAUAUGUGCCGUUCAUAAAAUAUGAGAGAAACACGAUGUUUAAAAGGAUUGAAGAGGUUAGGGCAAUGAGAGAGAAGGAGAUGGACACGGUGUAUAGCGGCAUGGUGGGACAUGCCAAUUUGAUACGGUCGGUCAAGGGACGGAUGGGCAACGUGUACGUGAGCCUGGUUGCUUUAAUGGAUGAUAAGUGUGUCAGGCUGGUGUACAGGCAGGGAACGGUGGAGGAUACGUACGUAGGAGGCUUUAAAAGAGUGAUGAGUGUUAAAAUGCAGGACUUGAAGGCGAUUUUUGAGAACUUUACACGUUUUUACAAUUGGAAGGACGUGAGGGAGCACAUGAAGGGGGAAGCAAAGCAUGUGACAGAGGAUGUGAUGAGAAAGACACCGGGAAGUGGCAAUGCACCGGCAGAGUUUGGCGAGCUUAGGAGCGGUGAGGCGGUGUGUGCACCUCUUGCGCUCACGCCUGGUCUAGGCGCGCAUCACUCGGGCGGUAUGGGCAUGCCUCUGCCCGCCAGACAGACAGUUCCGGCUGGCGCAUACACACCGGCAGCUCAGUUCAGCUCGCCCGGUCAGCCCACGCUCACAGCCACCUACGGUGCCGGUGUACCGCCCAAUUAUAUGUCCGCUACCCCCGGCUUUGCGCGCGUAAGUCCGAGUCCCCUCAAACCCUACGAUAUACUUGAAUCGCACCGUUCUGAAAUGCUUAAAAUGCUCAACGUGGAAAAAAACGAGGCAAAACGCAAAGAAAUAUACCGCAAUCUCGAGAUAUUGGAGAUGAAACGUAGAGAAAUGUUCAGAAUGGCAGACAUGAGACGAAGAAAUUACAGCGAGCCUGUGACCACCCAGCCGGUAGAAACAGCCAAAAAAGAGCCAAAGAUGACGAGUAGCACCCAGCGAACGAGGAUAAGAGUGAAGGAAAGGGGUGAGCACGGCAAGGACAAAACGAAUCAGGAGAGCAGAAAUGAACCAAUCGACCAGAGACAUGGAUUAUUGGUGCAGAAGGGAGUUAUAAUGAAGGAGGGAGGAAAGAGUAUGGAGAAUGAGUAUGAUGAGAUGAAAAGGAACAGAAGAGUGGAGAGGGGUGCUGUAGGUGGUAGCGUGCGAGGCGGGAUGGGUAUGGAUGUGAGAGGUGGUGGAAUGGGCGAAAUCAGAAACGAAAGGAUAGAUGUGAGAGGGACAAUGAAUGACAUGCGGGUGGGCGAAAUGAGAGACAUGCGUGGCGAUGUGAGAAUCGAAAGACCGGAUCUGAGGAACGAACGGAUGGACAUGCGCAGCGAUAGAAGGGGGGAGAGAAGGGAUAUGAGAAUGGCACCUGAUGGCAGAAUGUUCAUGGACAUGAGAGGUGCCGUGGAUAGGGGAAUGGACAUGAGAAUGGUGGACAUGCGGAUGGACAUGAGGCAGGAAGGACGAGCAACACCAAUGAGGAUGACACCCGAAAUAUUUACAGGCAAUCCGAUGGAGAGCAGGAGAAGGAUGCACACGCCCGAUGUGAUGGUGAACGUUGUGGAUGGUAAAAACACCAUCAACCCGCGACAGGUUCUGGAGGGCGGGUAUGCACCCGUGAGGGGAAGACCGAAGAAGAAAGUUGAAGAGAAGGGAGCACACGUGCCUGUGCGUGGCAGACCGCGUACUAAGCCGCGUAGCCCUGUUGAGAAGGGAAUGUUCUCAAGAAGUGAGGAGAUGCGUGCCAACCCGCCGUACUACACCCAGCCACGACCGUAUACGAUGCAACCGCCCAUGGGAUUUGAGAUGAACGGCAAUCCGAUGAGCUAUGGGCAGCCGAUAAAGGCACCCGGUGCGUUCAAGCACAUGAUGAAAAUGCCGACGCCGAGCAAUUUCAACCUGCAAAAUGUGCAGAAUUACUCUCCAGACGGAGUAAUGAGCAUGAAGAAGGACGAGAAGGAUGAUGACAAGGGAUUUGGAGAUGAUGCGGUUGAUAUGCCUGAUUUUACGGGAUGAGUGGUAUGAUGUGUAAUAAAUAGAAUAUUUUUCAACCGGUCGUUACUUUGUGAGCAUUUCGUGUUUUGUGAUAGGCAUUGGGGGUGUUUGUGCAGCACCGCUGGGUACGUCCGCAGCGGCUUUUGUAA